AGACCAGAAGUGGGAAAUGAAGAAGAGCUGGUGUCUGUGCUGCAGCAGCUGAUGGGCAAGUCACUGAAUGAAGUAUCCUUAGAGGCAGCACUAUGCUUGGGUUUCCUGAGGCCCAGCAACAGCAUGGUCCAGGAGUUCUUUCAGCUAUGCCUGAGCCAAGGGUCCAUGCACCAGAGGAUGAAGGCACUUAGGAUGCUGGUCAAGAUGAUGAAAGUUCAUUCAGCUGCAGUCACCAGGGCCAUUCUGGAACAGCUAUACUCUGAUGUCCUUGACGAUCGCUUUGAAGCCACCCAGAUGCUCAAGACCAUUGGGCUGGAAAAGAUCCAGGCACAAGGACUGGAAGAACUCACAUUUGACCUGCUCAAGAGGAAGAUACACAAUGAACCCUUCCUAGCAAUGAGGCAAGCUGUGGCUGAAACUGUGGAAGUGCUCAAGAUGAAGCCUUUAAUAACGAAACUGGUGGAGGCGCAACUGAUGAGUCCAGAUGUCACUGCCCGCCAAGAAGCAAUCAUCUCUUUGGGUGCCCUGGGGACCCGCAACGAACAGUUGUUCCACCUGCUGCUGGACAUGCUAGAUGCAGAAGAGACCCAGAGUAUGAAGAAGAGUAUACAAGAAACAUUACUUGUUUGGGCCUCAAACAAUCCCUGGAUCCAAAACAAGCUGAAGAACAAGGUUUUCUUUGUGUGUGAUGUACCUAAGACUGUGAAGGCAGAGCCUACAAGGUUCCGGGAGGAGCCACAGGGCCUAGAUGACAUAUGUAUCAAAGACUUCCGACAGGUUAAGCUGAACCCCUUAUAUAUUGCAAAGUCCUGCAACAAGCAAGGUGAAAAGCCAGAGGCACCUGCCUUUUCAUUCUAUUUCUCCGAACCAAGAAAGCAAAAGUCACCGGACAAAGGGCCUUGGGAGCCAAAACUCAGGGCACAACUCCGGGACUUGUUGAGGCCUCAAAAUAGUUUUAUUUGGACCUAA